UGUCGCGAUAGGAGCAGGUUUCCCUGUUUCCAUCUGUAUGUGCAGCUCGGCCGGGCUGUUGUGACGGGAGUGCGGGUCCCUGGGGCUGGGGAUGUGUGUGGCCUGCCAGGGCUGUCGCGAUAAGAGUGGGGUCCCUAAGGCCAGCACUGGCAGGACUAUCGUGAUAAUUGCAGGGUUGUCAUGACAGGAGCGGGAUCCCCCAGGGCCAGCCUCAGCAGGACUAUCGGGACAUGAGUGGAGUCCCUGAGGCCAGCCCCGGGAGGCCUAUCAUGAUAAUUGCAGGGUUGUCACGAUAGGAGCAGGAUCCCCAGGACCAGCCCUGGCCGGACUGUCGUGAUAAGUGCGGGGUUAUCACGAUAGGAGCGGGAUCCCCAGGGCCAACCCCAGCAGGACUAUCAUGACAUGAGUGGAGACCCUGGGGCCACUGCUGGCAGGACUAUCGUGAUAUUUACAGGGCUGUCACGACAGUAGCGGUGUCCCCACACACCCAGCGUGACCCUGUCCCCGUGUCCCCACAGGUCCCUGCAGGCCCCGCUGGGUGACGAUGGCGGCCGGAGCCCCUGAGGCGCGGGCGCUGGCGCGGGAGCUGCGGGCGGCCGUGGAGGCCGACGAGCGGCAGGAGCGGGAGAACGCGGCCAAGCUGCGGGCGCUGCACCAGCGCGUCCCCUCCUACGAGGACUUCAGGAACAUCGUGCUGGCCUCGCACCUGAAGCCCCUGGAGAAAAAGGACAAGAUGGGCGAGAGGAGGAACGUUCUGUGGAACCCCUGUGCAGCCCGCGGCAAGGCCCCGCAAGCCAGCGACGUGGAGAUACCCCAGGAACUGGAUCAACUGCCCAGAACCUCUGCCGAGUUUUACAGAGAUUGGCGCCGAUGCUUAAAAAGCGGAAAAGACAAAUACCAGCUUUUGCUGAAGCUCGGAGGGGAGGCCCUGGGUAGAAUCUUCCAGGCUGACUUGGGCUUCGGCCUCCUGGGCGAAUUCCUCGUGGUGCUGGCGGAGAACGUCUGUCGUGAAGACCGAGAUGCCGUCCUUCAGAUCUUACGGAGCCUUUCGGGCACCAAGCGCUUUGGGUUAAACGUGGAUCUCCUGAGCGAGCCGGAGCGGGAGAGCAGCAGGGGGCUGUUCGGGAAGCUGCAGCGCGCGAGCGGGGAUGGUCGGAUGUUCCCCGCCAGCUGCGGAACGGACGGCGAAACCCACCUCACCAACACCAGCCUGCAGAAGGAAACCGAGGAGAGGAUGCUGAUGGAGCUGAUGAAGAGCUACCGGGUCAACUAAGGAGCAAAAGCACCCAGGUUGUGCAGAAAUGGAGUGAAGAAGAGGCUCAAAGCUUGACUUUGGCAUCAGAUGUUGCAUAAGACAGAUAAAUUAGAUACUUGUGGAGCGUUGCUGCGUGUUUCUCUGUACCUGGAGCCACCCCGAGCAACAAAUAAAGGUUGGUUACCGAGA